UGAAUGGGUUCCGGAACCGGCGGCUGCGCCUCUUCUGUUUCUACCUGACGCUUAACAGUCGCCCAGCCUCAGAGCUCGUCAGCCUCUGGGCCACCAGGUUCAUGUGGAGGCUCCCAGGCGCCCGCUCCGCGCUUCGUGUGGUCCGUACGGCAGUGGAGCGGCACAGUCGGGCCGAGGCGGCGACUGAGACCGUGGCAGGCGCGAUGGAGCGCGCUGUGGUGCGCUGUGUGCCCUCGGAGCCUAAGCUAAGUCUGUCGUUCGCGCUGGCCGACGGCAGCCACAAGAACAUGCAGCGCGACCAGAGCGAGCCGCUGGGUCGGGCCCUCAGCCGGAUCGCUACCAAUGCCCUCAAAGGCCACGCGAAGGCGGCCGCCGCCAAGAAGAGCAGGAAGAACCGGCCAAACGCAAGCGGCGGCGUGUCCUGUGUGGGGCCUGGGCCCGAGCCGGCUGCAGCCUGCGAACCCGUGGUGAAGCUGUACUACCGGGAGGAGGCAGUGGCUGAAGACGUGCUCAAUGUGGACGCCUGGCAGGACGGUGCGGUGCUGCAGAUCGGCGAUGUCAAGUACAAGGUGGAGCGCAACCCUCCCGCCUUCACCGAGCUGCAGUUGCCGCGCUACAUCAUGGCCGGCUUCCCGGUGUGCCCCAAGCUCGGCGUCGAAUUUGGGGAUCCCGCCGGCUCCCUCUUCCGCUGGUACAAGGAAACCAAACCCGGCGCGGCAGAACCUGAGGGCGGAGGACCCUCAUCGUUGUCUCCCUCUUCGCCCUCUCCUGGUUGGACUGAGACGGGUGUGGACGAGCGCGUCUACACCCCGUCCAAUGCCGACAUCGGGCUACGGCUCAAACUUCAUUGCACCCCAGGCAAUGGGCAGCGCUUCGGGCCAAGCCGGGAGUUGGAAAGUGUGUGUCCAGUGGAGGCCGGGCCCGGCACCUGCACCUUUGACCACCGGCAUCUGUACACCAAGAAGGUGACGGACGACGCUCUCAUCCGCACUGUCUCCUACAACAUCCUGGCCGACACAUACGCUCAGACUGAGUUUUCGCGGACGGUCCUGUACCCGUACUGUGCCCCUUACGCCCUGGAACUCGACUACCGCCAGAACCUUAUCCAAAAGGAACUCACGGGCUACAACGCCGACCUCAUCUGUUUGCAGGAAGUUGACCGCAACGUGUUUACAGACAGCUUGGUGCCGGCCCUGGAGGCCUUUGGGCUGGAGGGCGUGUUUCGAAUCAAGCAGCACGAAGGCCUGGCCACUUUCUACCGGAAGUCCAAGUUCAGCCUCCUUAGCCAGCAUGACAUUGUUUUCCAUGAAGCCCUGCAGUCUGACCCACUUCACAAAGAACUGCUGGAGAAACUGGCCUUGUACCCAUCAGCGCAGGAGAGGGUGCUCCAGAGAUCUUCUGUACUUCAGGUUUCUGUUCUUCAGUCUACAAAGGACUCUUCUCAAAAGAUAUGUGUUGCUAAUACCCAUCUCUACUGGCACCCCAAAGGUGGGUACAUUCGUCUCAUUCAAAUGACAGUAGCCUUGGCUCACAUUAGACACGUCUCUUGUGAUCUGUAUCCCAGCAUACCAGUUAUAUUUUGUGGGGACUUUAAUAGUACCCCAUCAACAGGAAUGUAUCACUUUGUCGUCAGUGGCAAUAUUCCAGAGGAUCAUGAAGACUGGACUUCCAAUGGGGAAGAGGAACGAUGCAACAUGUCUCUUACCCAUUUCUUCAAACUGAAAAGUGCUUGUGGUGAACCUGCUUACACAAAUUACGUUGGUGGCUUUCAUGGAUGUCUGGAUUACAUUUUCAUUGACUUAAAUGCUUUAGAGGUUGAACAGGUGAUUCCAUUACCUACUCAUGAAGAAGUUACCACCCACCAGGCCUUACCUAGUGUUUCCCAUCCCUCUGAUCACUUAGCACUUGUAUGUGAUUUAAAAUGGAAAUAGAUUUGUGUCUGAUGGAAUUUAAAUCUGCUUUAGUAGGAAAUUUAAUAUGAAUCAAAGCUAUGUGUAACCUUCAAAGAGGAAAACUAGGCACUAAGGUAAAAUAUUCUUACCAUGCGAGUUAUGUUCUAGUGUCUUCAUUACAUGACUAUCAUAAUGGUUGCAUAAUAUAGUUUCUCUACCCUUUUUUUUCUACACUUGGAGGAAAACAUAUAUUUAUGACUAGCAAGAAGAACAUUGGGUACUUUUUAUACUUUUUUUUACUAGUAAUUAAGAAUUUUGUAAAAAAAAAUAACCAUUUGAAUGAUCCUGUAAUUUUUCUAUCAUAACACACAUUUCAAAUUAAAUCAUGUAUAUAUAAUUAGGGGGAAAGCGCAUACAAGUUAAAGUGAGAGGCUUAUUCUGACACAUGGAAGGAAUAACAUUAGGGUCUACCUCUACCUCAAUUUGGUUAGCAAUUUAAUACAACUUCAGAGCUUUAACAAAAAAUUAAAAUAUACCAUUACCAAUUCCUAUUGCUUCUCAUCUUUCAUUUUUCAGUUAUCAUAAGGCAUCUUCAUUCUCUUAGGAUUUUAAUUUUUAGUGUAUGGUACAAAUGGACAUAUUUAUAUUCCCAUUCUUACUUGCAGCUCAUUUUAACUUUCAGUAUGCAAGCACAAUUUAGUAUUUAAAGUGAACAAUACCAUCGUCAACUUGAUCCUGUUGUCUUUAACACCCUUGCCCAUGGAAAAUGUUCAUAAAUCAACAGGGUAUUUGACAUAUGUUAGACUAUAACACAAUACGUUAGAUAUGAGAAACUGCCUAUUGAUACGGGCUUGCAGUUGUGGAUGAACCAUGGAGCAUUUCUGUGCUACAAGUAUUUUCAAAAUUGUUGUUUUUUUCUAAAUAGGAGAAAGGGAGAGUAGUAGUGGGGCUUUUGAGCAUCUCUCGAAUAAACUUCUUAUAGACUUGAGCAUUAUAGUUUGAGUUACAGAACACUGUAUAUGUAAUUACAUACUGUAAAAAAAAUUUUAAAUAUGAAGCCAAACUCUUGAAAAUUACAAAGUAUAGUUUUACUGAUUAGAGUCUAGCCUAGAGUAGUAACUGAGCUUUUCUAACUCAAUUAUCACCAUACCUUAUUUUUAAUGUUUUAGCUGUUGCGCUCUUGUUCAAAAGAACCAAAAUGUUCUCGUUUUUCUGCAUUUAACUUCUAAGCUUAGAUAGCUAGAGCUCACUUCAAGAGCUCUGAUUUUCCAGUCAUGAAGGCCUUCGUUCCACGUUUAGUCUCUAACCCGAUACCAUAAGAACUUUCAUCUUUUGACAAAGUAACCUGUAUUUUCAUAUUCUGCUCACUAUCCAAUGUAUUGUUUACUCUUAGUAAUUUUGAGAAUGAGAGGGUUUUAGUUGCACUUCAGAUUGAAACUUGAAGUGCUUAAAAGUACGUGCCGGAAAAAUUAGGGUGGCAGUUUCCUGGGAUCUUGUUUAGAAAAGGCUGUAAGUGAAAAAUUGAUGCUACCAAAUUGUGCCUUCCUAAAAAGCAUCUUGAAAGCAUUUUUUAACAUCAGUUCACAAAUAUAGAAAUAAUAUAUUGAAGCCAGAA